CAUAUCAGUGUUUGAUAGUGAUGGACAGCUAUUUAUUGAUAACGAUGUUCAUGAAGGAGUUCAUCUUUUGAAUCAUGUGCCCAUUCGUUUUUUGCUCUUACGAAUUAACAACAAUCCUUUUCGCCAAGCAACAUUGAAUAAGAUUGGUACAAGAGAAACGAUUGUGGCAACUCCUGAUAAUUGUCAAUAGCGCAUCAGAAUGUAUUAAUCGGAAAUAUCCGCUACAAACAAGUCUUCGUCGCAUCUUCGCGUCACUCGUGAUAACUCGAUGACGCGCAACAUUAAAGAAAUACACAAAGAAACUGCAAUAACGAGAUGCGUUCGACCCAUGUUGUGCAGUACGCUUUCCGGUUGACACUGAAUCAGGGAACCAGCCCAGCUUUUUACAGGGCCAAGAACUUCGAUCGUAGUACGGCGACAUCCGCAAUCUUCCUCGCGACCUUUGGAUUAUCUAUGAGCAUGUUCUCGUUAAAACAGAUGCAGUCGUCGCAUCAGCGUCGUCUGCGAAGACUUUGUUAGAAACGUCCUAUUAGUCAUAAUUCAUCAAUAAACAAAAUCAACGGUUAUCUUGAAGAAAUAAAUUCAUCGAUUAUGAAAAUAUGUCUGCGUGACAUCAUAGCGGUCGUUAUUCUGAAGUCGGCAUGCAGCAUAUAUUGGGUUGAGAUAUUAUAUUUCUUCGCGUCUAGAAUGUGAGUUUGCGGUUUGUACCUAUGUUGUAUUAGGUAAUCUACAAUUCCGAACAAAUUUCGUGGCAUAUUCCUUUGUUAAAACAACUCGUUUGUUUGAAGGAUCAUGUCUUCGAUUCGCAAACGCGCAUACAAGACCGCGUGUUUCAAUUACAUAGAAUUCAGUACUUGGUACAGAUCGAGAUUACAAACGAAAUGGAGUUUUUGUCGAAGACAGCAUCGCUUUCGAGCGAGAUGUGUAUGCUUCAUGAAUCGAAUGUAGUAGCUUUUUUCUCUAGAAAUGAUAAAAAAAAAUAAAGCUCAUCACAUGAGAAGAAAGAGAUAUUCUAGUCGUGUGAGCAAACGAGAAAUGAUGCAGUGAAUACAUUUUUACACGAAUUCUUUUCCGAGAAAACUUUUGCUGUGGUAAUCGAUAUAUCAUAAAACAGAUUGCUUAUAUUACUUUGCAUCAUUUAGCUUAGCUUAUCGAUUGUUUUCGAAAAUAGUUCCUUCUGAUAGUCGCAACUACUGAAGCAAUGUUAUUUGAAUUUAUGAUAUAUCGUACGUCAUUUCGUUUAUAUUAAAUAGAAACUAAAGGCAAAAAUCACAUCAAGAAAUAACAUUAUAAUUUAUAUGUGUUACCAUUAAGUAAUGGUUAAUUCAUAAAAACUAUAUUUAUAAAUACAAUUACAAAUUAGAAUUAAAUUUUCUGUUUGUAUCAUGAAAUCAUUUACCUACAAUUAGCAUGCUCAAAAGCAGAGCGUUUUUUUAUAAAUCAGUUCUGAACGAAAGUUUUCUUUGGAAAGACGACAAACUGCGUACGAACCAAAGAAUUUCACUGAAUGACGAGGGGGUCCGCGAACCCCCUUAGUUGAGAAGAUUUUAAUGUUAUUACUCGAGUCAUACAACUUAACAUUCAUCAAUCAAGUAUCAUUGAUAAUGCUUGUCCCGUUUUCGUCACUCCAAAGUCGCACUGUUCUGAAUUUCUAUUAUUGAACCUGAAGCACAAAGUGGUUAAUAGUUGCAUUCAAUUCUUGUUACUGCAUUUUAUUACUGCAGUUGCUCCUCGCAAAUCUCACCACAAGACGACUGCAUGAAAUUCGAUUUAAACUAUCCUCCGUGUUUUUGACAAAUUAAAAUGAAAACAAAUUAAAAUUUUAGUGAAAUUCUUGCUAUUCGAUUCUUGCUAUUUUUUUAUUUUACACGACAAAUACAUUACUGUGCUAUGAUUGCUCUACAAAAUAUAUACAUAUAUCUGUCUGUGUCAUUAUUAUACAAAUCUGUAUAUUAGGAUGUAUUGCUACUAUUUCGGAGUAUUUGUAAGAUUGAUCAUUAUUUUUAAUAAAACGUUGAUUCAAUUGGC